AGUUCUUUAUUCUAUCUUGAGGAAAAAGGUUUAAGAAGAUCCUUAAACUCAAGUGUGGUAUUGUACACCUUUAAUUCCAGGAUUCCAAAAGCAGAGACAGGUAAUCUCUUGUGAGUUCGAGGCGAGCCUGGUCUACAUAGUGAGUUCCAGGCUAGCCAGGGCUACCUAGUGAGACCCUGUCAUUAAAAAAAAAAAAAAAAAAAAAAAUCCCCAAAAAAAGGAUAUGGUAGAAGUCACAGAUCUUACUCCCUAAGGAGGAACUGCUGAUAAAACCUGAGGGCUUGGGUAGUAACUAAAGUUACCGAGGCAGCCUUGGGUUGUAUCCUUAGCCCUUCAUUCACCAUGUGACACGAGCCUGCAAUCCUCGCACUUAGCAGGUGGAUGAAGAAUCAGUCCAGAAGGAUAAUUGACUACAAAGCAAGAUUUAGACCACAAGAUUCACAAGACCCUGUUCGAAAAUAUAAAAUUUGUUAAGCUAAGAGAGACGUUAGUCUUUGAGGUUAUAGAGAAUUCAGUCAGUCCAAGAAUUAAGACUCAAAAGCAGUUCACAAAUUGACAUGUUACAAAUACCAAGGCACUGGAAUUUGGAAAACUGCUAAGCAUGGUGACUCUUGCUUUAAUCCUAGCUCAGUAGAGGAAAGACAAGUGGGUCUAGAGUCAAGCCAGGCUAGCCCGUGUUGUUUCAGACUAGCUAGGGCUGCAUGGUUGAGACCAUAUCUCAAAAAAAAAAAAAAAAAAAAAAUUGGAAUUGUUUGUUGAUAUAAUACAUUAAAAGAUAAAUUUUCGGUUGUUAGAAAAGCUGUUACAUGAUCUUACCAAGGUUGGGGACAAAAAUAAGGAGACAUAAUUAGAAGAGCAGAUGAGAAAAGACAUUGCACCAAGUGGUGGAAGUUAGAAAGCUAGGCAUGGUGGUACAACUUGGUAAUUUCAGCCAGCUCUAGUAGAGUGUAAGUAGAAUUUUGAGUUUGAAGACGUAGUAAGACUUUCAAAGGGGGAGGGUGGGGUGGAGAGUGUGUAUUGCUCUUCCAGAGAACUUGAGUUUGGUUCUAGCACUCACAUCAGACCACUUAGAACUGUAACUCCAGCAACUGAGGAUCCAACAUUUCACACAGGCAUAGGUACAUGAACAGUAAUUUAAAAUUAAAAAAAAAAAGGGGGGGAGUAACUUGAACAGAGAAAAAAGUUGAAACUUAAAAGGAAUUAAUGACAGAAGACCAAGCAAGAAGAAGACUCAAGAAAAGAAGAUGUGUUGAAAGCUGUAGCUAGAUGCUGGGAAUGUAGCUAGGUAAUGUAACAUUGAGGAAACCCUGGAUUCCAUUCGUAGCACCAGAUAAAACCAGGUCAGUCUCAGCUACCUACUGAAUGUGAGGUCAGUCUACACAAGACCCUGUCUUUAAAAGAAAGAAAAAAAAGAAAAUUGCAAAAAGAAAGGAAACGAGAAGGUGGUUAAAAUCUGUAUUUUGGGCUAGAGAGAUGGAUCAACAUGUUGAAAGAGUGCAUGCUGUUCUUCCAGAGGACCUGAGUUUGAUCCUGGAACCUACCUCAGGUGGCUCACGUCCACCUGUAGUGCAGGGGAUCCAAUCCCCUCCUCUUCUGGCCCCUGUGGGCUCCUGUACAUGUAUUUGUUCACUUCACGCAGACAGACACACCUCGUUAAAAAAAUCUUGAAAACUUGCAAAUAAAUGAAUGAAUAAACUCAUGUGUUUCUGUUUUUAUUCUGACAGUCAGAUAUGAUCAGAAGGAUGGCAAAGGUAACCAUGAGUGUUUUGAAACUAAUGAUUAAUAAGUUAAUAAUAGAUUAAAAUUGGUAUACACUGGAGAAAACCUUUUUAUCCUCAGGUUUAUUGUCUUUGAGUUCAUGGGUGAUUUGUGAUAAAGCAAGUCUAUUAAGCCAGCAAUGUUCUAAUUCUUUCUCUUCUUUUGGAGUAUGAACAAAUCCAUGUUUUAAAAUGGGGUAAUAUAAACAUGAAGCUAUUUUUUCCCAAGACAUAAAUUUUUUCUAUUGUCUCCCUUGAGCUAGAUUCUAUACCUCCUAAUAAAUAGACAUUUCCAGACCUUUUUUAUGAAUUAAUGGGGGUGUUGAUUUGAGUGAUUUGUUUGGUUGUUUUUAAAUUAACACAUUUUUUCUAUGUGUUUACAGGUGGGGUGUGAGUGGGUUUGGUUGGAUUCUGGACAAGACUAUCGCGAUGACUCUGAGUUGAGCAAUGACUGCAGGUCCCUCUUCAGCUCUUGGGACUCCAGUCUGGAUCUUGAUGUGGGCAGCUGGAAGGACACUGAGGAUGCAGAUGCAGAGGCUGCUGAAGCAGAGGAAAGCAGCCGAGAGGGAGACUCUAGCGAGCUUCUGGUGGAAGGUGUGGAGAGUGAAGACCUGCAGGAAGAGACAGAGCCAGACACACCCCGGGAGCACCUCCAGCCCCUCUCCGAGGGGGAGACUCAGCAGGACUUGAAAGAGGACGAUCAGGGUGAAGGGUCUGCUUCAGAUGGAGAAGGCACGCCCCCUUCAGGUGAGGGUCGGGACGGCGUCCGAGCUCAGGAAGUGCCCCUCGUGAAUAUCCUUUACAACUGUACUAACGCCUCACAACCGAAUGACCUAAGCCAAGGUGAUCCUAUUCAGGAUCAUUUCCUAUUUAAGAAGACUCUUUUGCAAGUCUGGAAGAUGAUUGCCAGUCACAGGUUUAGCAGCCCAUUUCUGAAACCUGUGUCAGAAAAGCAGGCUCCAGGAUACAAGGAUGUGGUGAAAAGACCCAUGGACUUGACCACCCUGAAGAGGAAUCUGUCUAAGGGACGCAUCCGCACCAUGGCUGAAUUCCAGCGGGAUCUGAUGCUGAUGUUCCAGAAUGCUGUGAUGUACAACGACUCUGACCAUCACAUAUACCACAUGGCUGUGGAGAUGCAGCGCGAAGUCCUGGAACAGAUCCAGGUUCUGAGUACUUGGCUGGAUAAAAGGAAGGACUUGGGUGGUCUGGAAUGAGUGCCAGCCAAUCCGGUGGAUGACAGAAGCAGGCUUUGUUAGCCUGGAACUAGAAGUCUGGUUUUUCCUCAAGUUACAGCUCUUCCUUGGACUGACCAGAGAAGAUAUGAAGACUUUCUCUCUAUUACCAUUCCGAAUAAGGAUAAUAAUGCCUUACUUCCUAACUAAGAAGUCAAUGGUGCUUGCAGAUGUAAUGUUUUUUAAAGGGUGGGGUGGGGUACUGAGAUAUGGA